CCAGGUUAGGGAUUUAGUUUUUCUUCAAUUUUGUUUCAAAGUUCAGAGCUUCAGAUAGGAGAGGCAAAUUCUAAUUUAUCUGAAGGUGAAAGAAGUAGGAGAUUGUGAUAAUGAGGCCAGUUUUUUGUGGGAGUUUUGAUCAUGAGACCCGGCAAUCUGAUCUUGAACGUCUCUUCUCCAAGUAUGGGACUGUUGAUAGAGUUGACAUGAAAUCUGGGUUUGCUUUCGUAUAUUUUGAUGACGAGCGUGAUGCUGAAGAUGCCAUCCGGAGCCUUGAUAAUACCCCAUUUGGUUACAGUAAGCGCAGGCUUUCGGUGGAAUGGUCAAGGGGAGAACGCGGUAAUCGUCGUGAUGCAUCUAGACCAGUGGCAAAACAGAGGCCUACUAAAACACUGUUCGUGAUAAACUUUGACCCAGUAGAUACAAGUAUCCGAGACAUUGAAAAGCAUUUUGAGCCAUAUGGUAAGGUAUUGCAUGUCAGAAUCCGAAGGAACUUUGCAUUUGUUCAGUUUGAGACACAGGAAGAAGCAACUAAAGCUCUUGAGUGCACACACAUGAGCAAGAUUUGUGGAAGGGUUGUCUCAGUUGAAUAUGCCCUUAGGGAUGACAGCGAGCGUGGUGGUGAUAGGCGUGAUAGUCCCAGCAGAGGAAGGGAAGACAGCCGUUCCAGAAGUCGAAGUCCUGUGCGUCGAAGUAGUAGACCAAGUCCUGAUUAUGGACGGGCACACAGUCCAGUGUACGAUAGAUAUAAGGGACCAUCAACCAACAGGGAUCGAAGCCCUGACUAUGGGCGAUAUCCAAGUCGAUCACCUGUUCGCCGCACAGGCAAUGGCCACUCACCAGUUCGCCGCUCAGCAGUUCGCCGUUCCCCUGUUGUUCGCUCACCUGUUCGCCGUACCCGUUCCCCUGCUGUCCGCUCACCUGUUCGCCGUACGCGUUCCCCUGCUGACCGCUCACCAGUUCGCCGUUCCCCUGUAGGUCGCUCACCAGUUCGCCGUUCCGCUGAUAGCCGCUCGCCUGUUCGCCAUUCUCCACCUGCUGGCCGUUCUCCAAAUGACCGUUCACCAGUUCGUCGUUCUCCCGAUGACCGCUCACCUGUUUGAAGACCAGGGGCAUGAAUAGUGGGUUGGAGGGUUCUCUCUAAAAUAGUUGCUCACUUCUUCUUUUUUUGGUUUAUCAGCAUUGUAGCUGAAAACAUCAAAUGCAUCUCCAUGGAUACUUUUUUUUUUAGUUGUUGCAGCAGUAGAUAAAUACUUCUAACUUUCAUUUUGUUUAUGUGACAGUGUAGUGUUAACUUAGAACUGGAUGAAACUAGUACUUCUGGUUGGUGCCAUCUUAAUAUGACAGAGUGACUUGAUUCUGCAAGGCAUCAGUGAAAAUUUUG